GCAAAACUACUGGACCCUGUUCAAGGCUGUUGUUGACAAUGCCAAUGGUCGAAUAAGUGACACACAGGGACCCUCUUGUUCUACAACUUCUAGUAUAUUACUGCUAGUAUUGUUUUAGAGGCCGCUAGUUUUAGUGUCGUUGCCAACACUGGCGACAGCAGGUUUACUUGUGUAAUCAGCUCCGAAACAUACUCACUUUAAAAAAAUUGUAGAUAUAUUUUUAUUGUCCUUCGUACCAUACUUCACUGGGAUUUCCAGAAUUUAGGACUCAUGUCAACUUAUCCAUUUGUGACGAGACAUCUUCUAUCGAGUACUGCAACGUCGACCUGGUAUUUAAACUGAAGGCACAACGCUUCACUUCAAGUUCGUCAAGUGCAGUGGACGUAUCAAUUGAAAACUCAUGUUAUACACUUCAUCAGUACAUGCAGUAAUUGCAGUUUGUGUCGAUCACGUGCCAGCUGGCUUGUUCCUAGUACACAGUAGCUAUUGAAGAACGCGGUGCCUGUGGAAAGUUUCUGCCAUGGCAAACUGGCAGGAACGCACAAAGUCGGCUUUGCGAAAAGUCGGCGCAUUCGCGUUCAAACAUCAUCUGCCCUUGGGACUGUUGUUCGCAGUAUUACUGGGUGCCCUAUGGCCAACACCAGGUGUGGCGGUGAGCAAGAUCCCAGCCAACUAUAUUUGCGUUAUUCUCAUCUUCCUUCUCAGUGGACUAAAGCUGAAAACUGAUGACGUCAAGGAAGCCUUGAAAUCAUGGAAAGGCAUCGUGUAUGGCAUAUUCAGUAUACUAUUUCUGACGUCAGUGGUGUCACUGGAGCUGAUCAAAUUGAUGAGCAGCCAAUUCGGCCGUCUGGACAUCGCAACGGUGGAUGCCAAUGGCUCGGCGAACUCUAGCGAUGUCCUGGCCAGCUGUACGGCGAACACGUCCGAGGAGACGCCACCCUUGGGUCCUCGAGAGUUCAGCACUGGGUUGCAAGUCUUCUUUGCCAUGCCGUGUACUGUUUCCUCGGGUGUUGUCAUGGUCACCCAGUUGAAUGGUAACUAUGCACUUGCUCUGUUGCUGACCGUCGUUUGCAACUUGGUCGGUAUUGGAACGGUGCCUGGACUACUGAACUGGCUGGCUGAGUUUGAUGCCAGCGUGAAACUGGAUGCUGCCAAGCUGCUGCUCAAACUUGUGCUGACACUGCUCAUACCAUUGUUGGUGGGGAAAGCAUUGCGCUUUAUACCCAAGGUGGUCGAGACUGUGGACAAGUACAGGGUAUCCAUGAAAGUAGCUGGAAAUGUGUUUCUUAUCAUAUUGCCUUGGAUAAAGAUCAGUGUAACUAGUGACAAAGGUUCAUUCGACUGCAUCCAGCCUUUAGCGUUCCUCGCAUUGUUUGGAAUCUCACUAGGACUUCACGCACUGCUCUUGGCCUUCAACUCUCUAGCGUCGCUUAUCCUCCGCCUGGAAGCGCCGGUCAGGAAGGCUGUAGUCAUCUUGUGCAGUCAGAAGACACUUGCUGUCGCCCUGUCAGUGCUGAGCUUUUUUCCAGCAAGUCUUGGUGAUCAGGGACUCAUGGCCAUCCCGUGCAUCAUAGCGCAUCUGGUGCAGAUCGUAGCCGAUGCUGUUUUGAUAUCGGGCUGGCUGGGGUAUGACCGGCGUCAGGAACUCAAACAGGCGGACACCGAGGCAAGCGGCCAGCCCUACAGGGGGGAUGCAAUGGAGCUGCAGCUGAUCAACGAAGAAGAAGAAGAAGAAGAAGACCAGCCAGAAGAUGAAGACGAUCCUGAGAUCUAGAUGUACUUGUUGGACAUCCCUGGCCAUGAUACUCACCAUGCCAGCCAGAAUCACUGUGACUGGAAAUACUUAUCCCCGUCACAGCAUAGCACGGUUGCAAGAAAGUGCGAGCCGAAGUGAUGAUCCGUCACUAUCCGUUGUUGCUGCCCAACAAAUGAAAUGGUAGCCUAUUGCCAUGGUAUAAUAUUUACCAAAUCCAUCCAAGGUAAAAAAAUCCACAAAUCACGAACCGGAAAUAUAUGUGUAAGAGUUAUGUGGGCUAAAAUGCCUUCAUCAGAAGUUUAUUUAUGGAACCUUAGUGUCCGCACUGAUGGCAUUACUUUUUUUAAACCGGUUUUACUGGCAAUUUGCUUAAAAUAUAGUUGGAGUGUGAAGUCAGCAGCGAGGGGAAAGCUGUUGCUCCAUCGCGGCAUCAGUGUCAGAGCUGUACUUCUGUACAUAUCAUACCCCGCCCAAGAUCUGUCUCUUGCAUAGAACAGCUGCUAGGGUCUGUGUUCACUGGACACCUGCACUAUUGAAUUGCGUUUUAAUGUAUAACAUAUUCCACAUCAAAUUUCCCUUUUUGUGCUUUUGUCGUAGUGAAUUGCUAUCAAAAAAAGGACGACCUUUUUACUUAAAAAUUUACUGUGUAUACAGAUGAAAACAAUGUGCAAUCAUAUUCAUAAUACAUGUACAUGCUUUGUGCUUUUGCACCUUUGCUGCUGGCCAGUGAAGACAGCGUGUUUCUCCGUGUGCAAAUAUUUCUUAUCCUUCUUUCUUUCUUUUUUUAAAAUAUUUUUUCAUGUUAAAGCUUUACCUAGUACAUGUACCUGUAUCCUUGACCGUUUGCAACCCUGCCAUGCAGAUUUUGAAUCAGCUACCCAUGCA